CCCCGCUCCCCGGGAGUUAACCCGAGGCUUCGGCGCGGGCGCGCAGUCUGUGGAGCAGCGGCAGCAGCGGCGGCGCGGGCACGGAGUCCAGCCCGCCGCUGACAUGGCCACGGUUCGAGAGAAGGCGGCGGCGCUGAACCUGUCGGCUCUGCACAGCCCUGCACAGAGACCUCCGGGUUUCAGUGUGGCCCAGAAGCCAUUCGGAGCCACGUACGUGUGGAGCAGCAUUAUAAACACCCUUCAAACCCAGGUGGAAGUGAAGAAGCGAAGGCACCACUUAAAACGGCACAACGACUGCUUCGUCGGCUCGGAAGCCGUGGAUGUCAUUUACUCCCACUUAACUCAGAAUAAAUUCUUUGGUGAUGUCGAUAUUCCUCGGGCCAAAGUGGUGCGAGUGUGUCAGGCACUUAUGGACUACAAAGUAUUUGAAGCCGUUCAAACUAGAGUCUUUGGAAAGGACAAGAAGCCUACAUUUGAAGAUAGCAGUUGCAGCCUUUAUAGAUUCACAACAAUACCUAAUCAGGAUAAUCAGUUAGGCCAUGAGAACAAAGUGCAUUCGCCUUCCAGGUACUCAGAUGCAUCGUUUAUGUCAUCUGAUAUCAAGUCGGACAGUUUGGAGGACCUGUGGGAGAACCUGAGUCUAAAGCCUGCCAGCUCCCCUCACAUACAUAUCUCUACCAGGCUCUCUCCUCAAGUUAUCAAUGAAGUAUGGCAAGAGGAGACGAUUGGACGGCUGCUACAACUUGUCGACCUUCCAUUUCUUGACUCCUUACUCAAACAGCAAGAGGUCGUACCUAAAGCCCCUCAGUCUAAGAGACAGCCUGACAUGGUCAACACCAGCAACUAUCUGGAUCGAGGAAUUCUCAGGGCCUAUGGUGACUCUCAGGAAGAUGAAUGGAUCUCUGCAGCCAUCGACUGCUUGGAAUACCUUCCCGACCAGAUGGUUGUGGAUAUAAGCAGGAACUUUCCUGAGCAACCAGACAGAACAGACUUAGUGAAGGAACUUCUGUUUGACGCUAUUGGCAGAUAUUAUAGUACUAGGGAGCCUCUGUUGAACCACCUGUAUGAUGUUCAUAAUGGGAUAGCAGAGCUCCUGGUAAAUGGGAAGACGGAAAUGGCGUUAGAAGCCACGCAGCUGUUUCUGAAGCUUCAGGACUCCCAGAACAGGGAGGAGUUUAGACGGCUGCUUUACUUCAUGGCUGUUGCAGCAGAUCCUUCGGAAUUUAAAUUACAGGAAGAAAGUGACAAUCGGAUGGUAGUGAAAAGGGUAUUCUCAAAAGCUAUCGUCAACAAUAAAAAUGUAUCCAAAGGCAAAACCGAUCUUCUUGUGCUCUUCUUAAUGGAUCACCAAAAAGAUGUUUUCAAGAUUCCUGCAGCUCUACAUAAAAUUGUUAGUGUUAAGCUUCUGGCCAUACAAAAAGGAAGAGAUCCUAAUAAAGACACAGGCUAUAUUUAUUGCCAGAGAAUUGAUGAAAGUGAGUAUUCUAGCAGUACAAAGAAGAAAACCAAAGAUCAACUGUUGAGCUUACUAAAGACUAUUGAUGAGGAUUCAAAACUCUCUGCCAAAGAGAAGAAGAAACUGCUAGGCCAAUUUCGUAAGACUCACCCAGACAUCUUCACUGAGUAUUUUGGAGACUGAGUUUCUAAUGUCUGUGUAUGUGUAUUGUAUUUUAAGGGCAGAUUAUGUAGCCUAAAGAAAUUUUAAGCUUGGAUGUCUAAAUAUGAAGUUGUACAUUUUUGAAGUUGUAUUUAAUAAAAAAAUUUUUAUAUGUGUCAAAAA